UCCGCCCCGCUCUCGCUUCCGCCCGGGCCCAGUUGGCGCCGGACGCAGUCGUGGAGGCUUGUCAACAUGGAGGCUGCGGGCGCAGGGACUGGAGAGGCGUCCUCUCGACUGGAGGCUUCCGGGUCCUCUGAGGACCGGCUUUUCCUGGUUAAAGGUGGAAUUUUCCUGGGUACUGUUGCUGCAGCAGGAAUGCUAGCUGGGUUUGUAACAACGUUAUCAUUGGCUAAAAAGAAAAGCCCGGAAUGGUUCAAUAAGGGGAGUAUGGCCACAGCUGCCUUACCGGAGAGCGGGUCUUCCCUUGCCUUGCGAGCCCUGGGUUGGGGCUCACUUUACGCAUGGUGUGGGGUUGGUGUGAUCAGCUUCGCAGUCUGGAAAGCUUUAGGAUUUCACAGUAUGAAAGACUUUCGAAGUAAAAUGCAAUCAAUAUUUCCAGCAAUUCCCAAGAACUCUGAAUCGGCUGUUGAGUGGGAGGAAGCACUGAAAUCCAAAUGAGAUGAGCAUGCUGGAUGAAGUCCAUAGUGAUUGUUACAGAGAGAGCGGCUUUGGAGACAAGCUGUAACAGCGAAGGGACUCAAUUGAUGUCUCCUCAGGAACACGUGCAGAUUGUUGAGUGAACCUAAGGGAUGGAUGGUGUUCAGUGUCCUCAUAGGAGGCCGACAGCCUUUCUUUAAAAUUGAUGUGGGUGUGUGUGGGUGUGUGUGUGUUGUGGGGAGGGUAAAGUUUUCCCAAAGUUAGGAAGACUAUUUAAAAACAAUUACACAGAUAACUUUUCUAUGUGGAGGAGAUCCCAGGGGAAGUACUUCUAUUUAUGGCUGUAAUGGUUGAAACCAAGUUUUGUACCUGAAAAAAAUUUAACAUAUGAUGGAAACUCUUUAUAAUUAGACUCCUUACAGCAGUAGUACCUCAAUGUGUCUAGUAAAAUAAGUUUCAGCAGC